AUGGUGACCUGUCAAAAAUGCAGAUGUCAAAUUCCGCCGGCCGCUGAGAAGGUGACAAGCAAGCUCAAGGGCUCGUUCCACGGCUACGUCUGGAAAUGCGCAGACCGUGGUACAUGUUCCGAUCGCGAAUGGGCUCAUACACUCACUGAGUGCUAUCAAUGCACCGAUUCAAGCUGCAAUAGUCGCUGGCACAUGCACCUUCAUAGAUCGUCACCGUCUAAGUUUUAUAUGAGUCUUGAAGGCAUCGAUCAUUUUCUACAAGUCAGCACUACUGUAAAUCCUACCCCAGCGCCCACACCUUCUCCUCGCGAUAUGUCCAUGUCCAGCCUCCCUAUGCCUACGCCUGCUAAGGCUGAGAUGAGCCAGGCCCCGGAACAACGUCAACCGACAUCUACGUCUACAGCGCAUCCUGUCCUGGGCACGAUGCUCUCCCAGACUCAGAAUGUUCGCAGCACGGCUCAGACUCAGACGUCUCCCAGGAACACUACUGCCCUUCAGACCCGUGGCUCAGUCAGUCCCGGUGGACGUCUCCCUGGGCUUUAUGAAAGAGCUGAUGACGACAACAGUGAUUCCUCGGUGGAUUCAGAGCCUAAACCUGUGACACCCAGGAAGCGCAGGUCCUCGUCUUCAUUACGGUCGUCGGAUAACCCACACCAGCAGAAGGCGCUUCGAUUCUCAACCCCCCUCGUUACAGAUCGUCGAGACGAUACCCCUUCUACCAUCCCCAGCGAACAGUCCACUCUCGAUGAAAGCCCUCAGCGCCGGGGCUCAUCCAGCGGGAUGAAUCAUUCAAACGACUCUGGCCCCUCUACAUCUUCCGGUUCUCGUACUAUGCACUCAUUCAGCACACGUACGCUCGUUGGAGUCGAUUGGCACACAAAGUUCCUGGAGAUACUGGAUCCCGCAGCCGAUCAUGCGACAUUGAUAGUUCAGCAACUCUACGACGACGGGGCGCCAUUCGCAGCGGUCAAAGACGCUUUCUUUGCAGCCGAGGCAGCCUUGGAAUUCUGUCCGUCGAAUCGUGCAGUGCGUGUGCCACAGAAUCGACUGGCAGCCGCUUCAAAAGAAUGGGAUGUACUCCAUCGGUUGGCAGAGAAGCCCGGGAAUCUUGGACGACGUCCCUCCGGUCGAGCACUCGGCAAGCGCCGUGCGAACUGA